CAGGUCCUUUUUCCCCCCAACGGUCACCAUCUCGUACGGCAUUUCUUUGAGUCUUUUGUACUCUUACAGUACGCCAACAUCAACUUGAAGUCUGAAUUAUCAGAAAAUUUGUCCUUUACUUCCUCUUCCAAUCGCAGGACAUGACGCGGCUCACCAACGACUCCAUCAGCUCAAACUCGCAUCCCAGCCAUAGAAUCCGUCAAAGGAAACUGCAGAAGUACCAAACGACUCCUAUCGCACUGAAAUCGGAGCCAAAGCAAGAACAAGUCGAUGCUAUCAUUCACCGUAGUUCCCCUUCUCCUUCAAAGGAUCUAGGAUGGGACCACCCCGACGAGCUGAACUACCUAGAUGCCUCAACCUGGUCCAGAGACGAUAUCGUCAAACAUGUCGUCACCAACUCAUUUUCUGUCCCCGGGCGGACCCACCGUUCGAAAUGGGCCACCAUCACCUCCGAGGCUGAUGGGUCGACAACGGUGGUUCCGAACGUGUAUCGAAUACCGCUUAUGUUCGUGGGGGAAUUUAUGUGGAGCUCUCUUCGGUUGGUCCUGGGGGACGAUAAGGAGUGGAACGAGUUCAAGACUGGGAUCCUGCAUGUGUCGAGGCUCUGUAAAGCGUUUCUGGACGAGAUUAGGCGGGCGAUGAGUGAAGAGGGUAUUGGGAGGAGCUGGCGGUGUGCGAUGUUCGACCGGGCACUGAUUAGGUAUCGUAUGGGCUGGUUGUUAUCCCAUCCGAGGUAUCUGAAGGAGUUUUGGGAGAUGUAUGGAGAGGAGGAGUAUCGGAAAGACGCUGUCAAAUUUGAUUGGAAACGACUGGUGUUGAAGGGACUGAAGGGAUUCCAACUUGAUGAAGAACAGAUCGAGACUGGGAUGACGGCUCUUCGGUGGAUGAGCGGGCUAAAGGAGAUACGCGGCCUUUGGAUAUGGGAUACGAGCGAGAAGCCGCUCUCUGCGAGGAACGCGCAGGAUUACCUGGAAACGUGGCAACGUACGAGGCUCUGGGGGGACCGGCCCGCGUCACCGCCCAUAGCAUCAGCCGACUAUCAAUCCGUCGACACCCUUUCAGGGAAAACGCAUGCUUUGGCGUCUUGUGAUCCCGAAAAGGUGGUCGUACCUCCUGGCCUUGGCUGCGACCCGGUCGCUUUCCCCAUACCCUCCCCCUCACCCGAGUUCUUCAAACUUCUCCGAUUAAAGUUCCAGUCCCAAGAACGGCGCAUUGCUGUGUUGGAGAAUGAGGUGUCCUUGCUGAGAAAAUCAAAGGGGAUUAGAGAGACCGUUCAUAUUCCCGAACACGCGGUAACGUUUGUACCUACCCCCAAUUUCCCGGAACUCUCUGACCCCGAUUGCUCGACGAGUUUUUGGCGACACCCGUUGGAGCAGCUGUUAGAUUUGGAUUUGGACAUGGAAGAGGAAGCUCCAACGGCGUUUGUUAAACAUCAGGCCUCUGUCACGAUUGAAGGAUGA